CUUUCCGCGAUGGCUGCAGCCCGGAAACCGUACACGCAAAUUAUCGACGGCGUAGCGUGCAGCCCCUGGGUUGACCCGGAGGCGUAUCGGAGAAGCGCAUCGUUCCGAGCCUCCAAGGGGGACCUCGUGCAGAGCUCGUACCCAAAGAGUGGCACGCACUGGGUUCAGUACAUCACGCAGCUGAUCCUCAAGAAUGGCGAUCCGAUCGACACGUACGCCGAGUUCACCAGCAACACCCGCAUCAUUGAGUACAUGGCGGACCACGAGUGGACGCCAACGCUGCCAGUGCGAACGCUGCUGACGCAUCAGCCUCUACGCAGGGAAGCCAUGAACGAGGACGCUAAGUACGUCUACGUGGCCCGGAACCCGUGGGACGUGUGCGUCUCUAUAUUCCACAACAUGACCAACGUAAGCAUCUACCGUUUCCAGGACGGCACGUUCGAAGACAUCGUCGACCCUUUCCUGGAAGGAGACCUGGGUUACGGCAGUUACUUCGAUCACGUCGCCUCGGGUUACGCCCUCAAGGACGAGCCCAACGUGUUCUUCCUAACUUACGAGGAGCUCAAGCGGGACACUCCAGGAACGGUUCUCAGACUCGCUCACUUUGUGAGCGAAAGCUACGGCCGGGCGUUGGAACAGCAGGAAGUACUGCUGCAAAAGAUCCUCGAGCGUUCCCAGCCCGAGAACAUGCGGAAAGUGAUCGUAUUUGACCUUCAGCGAAACGAGAACCCCGGCUGGCGCGAAUUGUUCGGCAGGACUGAGGUGUCUUGCAAGCACGGAUACGGCGGAGACAAGACUAAGUACGGACUCGUCAGGAAAGCCAAGGUGGGAGGCUGGAAGGAACACUUCACGCCCGGCCAGCUGGCCCGUUUCGAGAAGAAGAUACGAGAGCUGGGUGACAAGGCGUCUUUCAUGCAGCUGUGGUCGGACAUUCGCGAAGAAGCUCGGGCACUGUCCGGACUUUCAACGUGAUCUAGGAGUAUCUGUUUCUGGCAAUGAAAUGUCACGUGCGUGCUAUCAUGUAAUAAUAAAUGUUGCGUUUAUUUAUUCACUCGAGUA